CAUGACACGAACGAGAAGUAGUUGUAGUAAUAGACCGUUUAGCAGCACAAUGUCCUCCAUUAACUGGAGGAACCAAAGGAAUUUCCUAAAAGCAGCCACAGUUUUACUAGUGAUUAGCAGCAAUCAGUUGGGCGUUGUACUGGCUGGUGGUUAUGGUGGCUAUGGAGGCGGUGGUGGCGGAGGUUUAGCUGGCAGUUCGGCAUCGGCAAGUGCUAGUAGUUUUUCUUCAAGUGGUGCAGGUGGCUGGAGUGGGGGUGCUGGUGGCGGUGGAGGCAAUCCAUUUUUGCCUGGUGGUGGCCAUGAUGGAGCUGUGGUUUCGAUACGCAAGGAUGUGAAUUUGAAUAAUCUUAAACAUGGCAUAAGUGGAGUAUUGGGUGGCAUUUUGGAUGGUGUUGGCAAGUUACAUGGUGCUGCAGCAAGUGCUGGUGGUGGAGGAGGUGGAUUAUUUUUGGGCGGCGGAGGAGGAGGUGGUGGAUUUGGCGGCGGUGGAGGAGGAGGAGGUGGUGGUGGAUUUGGAGGCGGUGGUGGUAAACCUGGAAAUCCGUUUUUAGGCGGCCGCAAGCCUGGUGGUGGCGGUUCUGGGAAACCUCCUGUUUACCCUGGUGGUGGUUCCGAUGAUUGGCAUCCCGCUGAUAAUUCUGGUCCAAAUAAACCCGUUCCACAACCUGAUUUAACAUAUGUUCCACCACCACUACCAUCAUCGGGUAAUGGUCUUGGUGGUCCAAGCGGUCCUGGUGGUUACGGAGGAGGUGGUGGUGGCGGUGCCGGUGCAGGAGGUGGUGCUGGAGGCGGUGCUGGUUCGGGUGGUUAUGGCGGCAAAGGAGGUGCUGGAGGUUUCCCAGGUGGUCCUGGAAGUCCAGGCGGUCCAGGAGGCUACGGAGGAGGUGGUGGUGGCGGUGCAGGAGGAGGUGCUGGUUCGGGUGGUUAUGGCGGCAAAGGAGGUGCUGGAGGUUUUCCAGGAAGUGCAGGCGGUCCAGGAAGUCCAGGCGGUCCAGGUGGCUACGGAGGAGGUGGUGGUGGCGGUGCCGGAGCAGGAGGUGGUGCUGGAGGCGGUGCUGGUUCGGGUGGUUAUGGCGGCAAAGGAGGUGCUGGAGGUUAUCCAGGGGGUCCUGGAAGUCCAGGCGGCCCUGGUGGAUAUGGAGGAGGUGGUGGUGGCGGUGCCGGUGCAGGAGGAGGUGCUGGAGGCGGUGCUGGUUAUGGCGGAAAAGGAGGUGCUGGAGGAUAUCCUGGUGGUCCUGGAAGUCCUGGCGGCCCUGGAGGCUAUGGAGGUUCAGGAGCUGGCGGUGGUGGAGGCGGAGGAGGAGGCGCUGGUGCAGGAGGUGGUUCUGGUACUUUUGGCGGUAAAGGAGGGGAUGGAGGUUAUGCAGGCGCACCUGGAAGUCCUGGCAGCUCAGGUGGAUAUGGUGGUUCAGGCGCUGGCGGUGGUGCUGGAGGAGGAGGUGGUGUCGGUGGUGGUGGAGGCUACGGAGGAGGUAGUGGUAGUCCGGGAAGUUCAGGUAGCCCCGGCGGUCCAGGAGGUCAUGGUGGCGUAGGCGGAUACGGUGGCUCUGGUGGAAAUGGGGGUUCUGGUGGCCAUGGUGGUGCCGGUGGAAAUGGAGAUUCUGGUGGUCACGGAGGUUCUGGUGGAUAUGGUGCAGGAGGUGGUGGUGGACUAGGAGGUGGUGCUGGUAAUGGUGGCGGUUACGGUGGACCAGGGGGUAAUGGAGGACCAGGAGGUCAAGGAGGACCCGGUGGUUAUGGUGGCCCUGGAAAUGCAGGAGGACCAGGAGGAUAUGGCGGUAAUGGUGGUGGUGCCGGAGGCGGUGCUGGUGGUGGAGCAGGUGCUGGAGGACCCGGAGGCCAUGGUGGAUAUGGCGGUUCUGGAGGAGCUGGUAAAGGUUAUGGUGGAUCAGGCAAUGCCGGAGGUCAGGGUGGUCCAGGAAGUCCCGGUGGACCUGGUGGUCAUGGCGGGUCAGGAGGUUCCGGUGCUGGAGGAGGUGGUGGAAAAGGUGCCGGUGGUGGUUAUGGUGGUGGUCCCGGAAAAUCAGGUGGUCCAGGAGGCAGUGGAGAGACAGGAGGUUUUGGUGCAGGUCCAGGAGGCGCUGGAGGUCAUGGUGGCUUCGGAGGCUUGGGUUCUGGCGGUAAAGAUUUCAUUAGUUCGUUCAUACCUGGUCUUGGCGGAGCUGGAGCUUUCAGCGGUGCUAGUGCAUCUAGCUUUGCAGGAGCUGGUAGUGGUUCCUUCGGAUUUGGUGGUCCUGCAGGAUUUGGUGGAGGUUCCCCCGGUGGUGGUGGUGGUGGACAUGACAGUGGCUGCACCAAAUGUAGCGGUGGAGGUCCCGGUGGUCAUGGCGGUGGCGGCUAUGGCAAAUCUGGUGCUUUUGCCAGUGCUUCAGCUUCAUCCUCAGCGUAUUCAAAAAGUUAUUAAGCAAAUUUUGAUCUGAUUUAUUCUUAAGUUAAACAUCAUUAGCGCAUUAUGUUAAGAAUACUUAUUUUGUAAGAUAUAAAUACCUAAAUUUGUGUAAAAGUAUGUUUGUAACUAUAAUUAUAUGUUUUAUGUAUAUACUCAUAGUUUUUGUAGAUAAUAUCUUUUUGUACUUCCAAUAAAAGUAUUUUUUAUAAAUCGA